CUCGCCCCGGAGCGAGGUGGGGGCCGGUGGGACUGGCUGUCGGGCCGGGCUCCGCGGCGUACAAUAGCCCCACUGCGGGCGGGGCCGCGGCUGCAGCUGGAGCCCAAGGUGCCAGCAGCAGAGUAGACGCCCCUCGCGGCCUCCCCCGCACACUCCCUCCCCUUCAGCUCGUCCCUCUCGCCGCCCUCGCCGGCUCAGCCGUGCUGCCCCGCCGACGCUUUCCCCUCUUUCUCUCAUCCCCUCUUUCACCGAGCUCCGCGCUUUCAAGAUCCCCGCAAAGAGCUCUCGGUCUCCUGCCCUAGAGGCCUCCCGAGCCUGCUCUCGUCCCCGCCCCCCACAGCAGCCCUCCACCCGAGUCGCCCGGCUCCUUCCCGCCCCCUCCCCGUGCAGAGGGGACUCCGGCCCCGGCCGAGCAGGGUGGGGGAGGCGCCCAGCGCGCGGCGGCGGCGGGGAGAAAGUGAGGCGGCCCCUCGCGCACACGCCCCGGCUCGGCCGCCGCCACCGUGGUGGAGGAGGAGGAGCAGGAGCAGCCGAAUCGAGCCGAGCGAGCGCGGAAGUAGCUGCUGGUGGUGGUGACCAUGUCAAAUAACGGCCUGGACGUUCAAGACAAACCCCCAGCCCCUCCCAUGAGAAACACCAGCACUAUGAUUGGAGCUGGUAGCAAAGAUGCUGGAACCCUAAACCAUGGUUCCAAACCUCUGCCUCCGAAUCCAGAGGAGAAGAAAAAGAAGGACCGAUUUUACAGAUCCAUCUUACCUGGCGAUAAAACAAAUAAAAAGAAGGAGAAGGAACGGCCAGAGAUUUCACUCCCUUCGGAUUUUGAGCACACAAUUCACGUUGGUUUUGAUGCUGUCACAGGGGAGUUUACCGGGAUGCCAGAACAGUGGGCCCGCUUGCUUCAGACAUCAAAUAUCACUAAGUCGGAGCAAAAGAAAAACCCUCAGGCUGUCCUGGAUGUAUUGGAAUUCUAUAACUCAAAGAAGACCUCCAACAGCCAGAAGUACAUGAGCUUUACAGAUAAAUUAGCUGAGGAUUAUAACUCUUCUAACACUUUGAAUGUGAAGACUGUGUCUGAGACCCCUGCAGUGCCUCCGGUUUCAGAAGAUGAAGAUGACGAUGAUGAUGCUACACCCCCUCCUGUGAUUGCUCCACGCCCAGAGCACACAAAAUCUGUAUACACACGGUCUGUGAUUGAACCAAUUCCUGUUACUCCAACUCGGGAUGUGGCCACAUCUCCCAUUUCACCUACUGAGAGCAAUACCACUCCUCCAGAUGCUCUGGCCCGGAAUACUGAGAAGCAGAAGAAGAAGCCUAAAAUGUCUGACGAAGAGAUCUUGGAGAAAUUACGGAGCAUAGUGAGUGUGGGCGAUCCUAAGAAGAAGUAUACACGGUUUGAGAAGAUUGGACAAGGUGCUUCAGGCACCGUGUACACUGCAAUGGAUGUGGCCACUGGACAGGAGGUGGCCAUUAAACAGAUGAACCUUCAGCAGCAGCCGAAGAAAGAGCUGAUUAUUAAUGAGAUCCUGGUCAUGAGGGAAAAUAAGAACCCAAAUAUUGUGAACUACUUGGACAGUUACCUCGUGGGAGAUGAGCUGUGGGUUGUCAUGGAAUACUUGGCCGGAGGCUCUUUGACAGAUGUGGUGACGGAAACCUGCAUGGAUGAAGGCCAGAUCGCAGCUGUUUGCCGUGAGUGCCUGCAGGCUUUGGAGUUUCUGCAUUCCAACCAGGUCAUUCACAGAGAUAUCAAGAGUGACAACAUCCUGUUGGGAAUGGAUGGCUCUGUCAAGCUCACUGAUUUUGGGUUCUGUGCCCAGAUCACCCCAGAGCAGAGCAAACGGAGCACCAUGGUGGGAACUCCAUACUGGAUGGCUCCGGAGGUGGUGACACGGAAAGCCUACGGGCCCAAGGUUGACAUCUGGUCCCUGGGCAUCAUGGCCAUCGAAAUGAUUGAAGGGGAGCCCCCAUACCUCAAUGAAAACCCUCUGAGAGCUUUGUACCUCAUUGCCACCAAUGGAACCCCAGAGCUUCAGAACCCAGAGAAGCUGUCAGCUAUUUUCCGAGACUUUCUGAACCGCUGUCUUGAAAUGGAUGUGGAGAAGAGAGGUUCUGCUAAAGAGCUGCUACAGCAUCAGUUCCUGAAGAUUGCCAAGCCCCUCUCCAGCCUCACUCCACUCAUUGCUGCAGCAAAGGAGGCAACUAAGAACAAUCACUAAAACCAUGCUCACCCCAGCCUCAUUGUGCCAAGCCUUCUGUGAAAUUAAUGCUCAUUUCAGAAAUUCCAGCCCCUGAUGCUCUCUCCUCCUUGCCUUGCUCCUCCCAUUUCCUGGUCUAGUGCUCUCAAGACUUUGAUCUUUGAAAAUCAUGUGCCCAGCAUUGAAGACAACUGAAACCGACUGAUCGGAUGAUGGCCCUCUGAAUAAGGAAUUUCCUCCCAAUUUGUGGAUGUGAAGGUGGUUUAUGAUCAGGGCUUAUAUGAAUAAACUCUUGGACUCCUAUUUCUACAUAGCAAAAUCUUCUCCACGCACCACCUCCCCGAAACCCCAGCCAAUCAGUUUUUGGCUAUAUAAAUUUUUGGCUUUAUAACAUCAAUUUGUAAUUGAUUGAAGUUUCUUUAGUGCUUGAUUUUCUGUGACUGAACUGCCCAAACACCUUAUUGUACUUGAAAGUUGGAACAGCUUGAGGAAUGACAUGGUGGUUGAAAAUCUAUCGGGGAUAUGAAAUGGCUCCGUUUCCUGGACCGUGACUAUGGCACAGCUGAUCCUGACAUGGGAGAGAGAGCUACCAUGUUUUCCUUUGUGUGUAUUUCUAGCAGCUGUUUGGGAGGAUCUUGACCUAGUAGUUUCCUCGUGCUAUUUCUUGUGAAAUGGUCUUGGCUAUGUAGCAGCUUUUGACUCCCUGCAUCCCUUAGGCUGCUGCCCCCAUUCUGUCCUUGUUUAGAACUUUGAGAAGUUUCCUAGGGCAUAUCCUGGGUGAGAACAUUGUGAGAAGUCAGGAAAACAAAUUAGCUGCUUUUAGAACAAGCCUGGACAUCAGCACCUGUCCAGCUAUAUCUAUAGGAUAUUUUAAUAACUCAGUCUCUUUUUCCUCUUGGGGUAAGGAGCUCAAAGAUUAACUGAGAUCUCCUGAGGGCCUGAAUCUUUGGGUCAAAGGGAAGGAUCUCCAAAUCUGAGACUACAUGUUAGUUUUGGAUGGAUCUGGUGGUUUGAGAUGAUACCUGCCAACUAUGAGGGGACCCUGUUUUUACAAUGCAUGGCCAAGCUCUCUGCAAAUGGAAACUCUUGCACUGGGUGUUUGGGAUGUUUGCUACCUCCUGCUAUCUUUGUGUUUUUUGGUCCUCCCACUGUGGUGGGGCCCCUGGCCAGCAUUGUGGCUUGUCAUGUCAGCCCCACUGGCGACCUUGUCAUGCUCUGAGGUAUCUCUGCCUCUGCAGCACAAGUUUUAUUUCCUUCAAUAAAAGGACAUGAAAAUACUCUA